AAAGCACGCAAGAAAGUACCUAUUACAGCCCAGAGAAACAACACUGGCACUCAUUUUAAACGUUCAUCAGCAGAGACCGCUCGUCUCAUUCGAAGAUUUCAUGUAUUGAAUAAAGAACUUGCUAAAUGUCAACAAUCCAACAAUCCAACAGAUCGUACCAGAGAAAAAGCGAUCGUAGAAGAAAUGGACAGAAUGGGUGGAAUUGACUGGUACCAGAAGGCCUCACAGCUAGGACAGAGCAAAACCCGAGGCGGGGAUUCUUCAAAGUGGCUAGUCAAAGUGCUCAAGGAACAUUGUAAAGAAAGUAUGGACACUGCAACAAAGCCACUACAUGUACUCGAUGUUGGAGCUGUAGCUCCUGACAACUAUAAACCUUAUUCAUCAUGGAUCAAGGCCAAACCGAUUGAUUUAAACCCUCAAGAUCUAGCUAUUGAAAAGCAAGACUUUCUGACUAUGCCAAUUACUUCAGAUAAAUUUGAUGUGGUGUGCCUGAGUCUUGUUGUAAACUUUGUUGGAGAUCCAAAGGAUAGAGGCAAAAUGUUAAUUCAGACUCGCAACUUCCUGCCACCUCUUUCUGAUACCAACCGCCUGCAUUAUCUCUUUCUCGUCCUUCCAUUACCCUGUGUCAAUAAUUCAAGAUAUAUGUCCCAUGAACACUUGCUGACUAUGAUGAAAUCAAUUGGAUAUACAAACUGCAUAAAGCACCACUUUUCCAACAAGCUGGCGUAUUACUUGUUUGAGCUUACGGAGACGCCUGUAACAAAGAAACUGGACUGGAAGAAGAAGAUUCUUCCGGGUCGAGAAGGUGGCGAAAGAAAUAACUUCUCGGUUGUUAUGGAG